GGAUUUCCUUCCCUUCUCCUUGCACGCAUCUCCUCGCCGCCCAGCUCCGUUCAUCCUCCUCCUCCUCUUGAUUUUGACUCCGCUUGGAAGAAGCAGCCAUGUCUCGGCAGUCCGUCUGCAGAAGCUUUGGUGGGGGGAGCAGAAGGGGCUACAGCUCUUGCUCUGCCAUUGGCGGUGGCUUUGGAGGAGGUGGUGGCAGAAGCAGGAGCAGCUACAGCUCGUUCUCUAUGUCCAGGGGAUAUGGAGGUGGUGGACGUUGUGGAGGCUUUGGCAGCAGGAGCCUCCAUAACUUGGGGAGCGGUGGAAGGAUUGCCAUGGGUGGAUGCUACGGCGGUGGAGGCUAUGGUGGCAGAAUGGGUGGCUUUAGUGGAGGCUAUGGAGGGCUAGGCAGCUACGGAGGAGGAAUGGGCGGAGGAGGAAUGGGCGGCUUUGGUGGAGGAAUGGGCGGCGGUGGUGGAAUGGGUGGCUUUGGUGGAGGGAUGGGUGGCUAUGGUGGAGGAAUGGGUGGUGGAGGAAUGGGUGGCUAUGGUGGCCCAGGCUUCGGCUUUGGUGGCCCUGGUAGAGGUGGCCCUGGCAUCCAGCCUGUGCAGGUCGACCCAACCCUGCUACAGCCAGUCCACGUUGAGAUCGACCCCCAGAUCCAGCAAGUGAAAAACCAGGAGAAGGAGCAGAUCAAGACUCUUAACAAUCAGUUUGCCUCCUUCAUUGACAAGGUGCGCUUCCUGGAGCAGCAGAACAAGGUUCUCUCCACCAAGUGGGAGCUCCUGCAGCAGCAAGGGCCCUCAGGACCCAGGAAGAACCUGGACGUCAUCUUCGAAAACUACAUCCAGGGCCUGAGGCGACAGCUGGACUCCAUUCUGGCACAGAGGGGACAGCUGGAAUCUGAGCUGCAGAACAUGCAGCAAUAUGUUGAGGAUUACAAAAACAAGUAUGAGGAAGAGAUCAACAGGCGCACAACAGCUGAGAACGAGUUUGUGGUGCUCAAGAAGGACGUGGACACUGCCUACAUGACCAAGGUGGAGUUGGAAGCCAAGGUGGGAGCCCUGACCGAUGAAAUUAACUUCCUGAGGGCCAUCUAUGAUGAGGAACUGUCUCAGAUGCAGACAAUCAGCCGGGACUUGUCCGUGGUGGUGUCUAUGGACAACAACCGGCACCUGGACCUGGACAGCAUCAUUGAGGAGGUCAGACGCCAGUAUGAGCAGAUUGCCCAGAGCAGCAGAGCUGAAGCUGAGGCUUGGUACCAGAGCCAGUAUGAACAACUGCAGAACACGGCUGGAAUGCAUGGGGACAGCCUGCGCAACACCAAGAUCGAGAUCCAGGAACUGACCAGGAAUGUCCAGCGGCUGCGGGCUGAGAUUGAGAAUGUGAAGAAACAGAACCAGCAGCUGCAGGCAGCUAUUGCUGAGGCUGAGGAGCGGGGUGAGAUGGCCCUGAAGGAUGCCAGGGUGAAACUGGAAGAGCUGGAAAGGGAGGUGGAGGUGGUGGACAGUGCGGAGGUUUCAGCAGCAGGAGCCUCCAUAACAUGGGUAGCAGCAGAGGCUUUGCUGCUGGUGGGUGUUAUGGUGGUGGAGGCUAUGGAGGCAGAAUGGGUGGCUACGGAGGAGGAAUAG